CCAUGCCCAUGCCAUACCUUCGAUGGCCCCGGAGCUGUCGACCGAACAGAGAGCUGCGCUGCAUGAUCUCUACAGCCGACAUGGACGGGUUGGAGCGGAUGCAACUUCGGAACUCAAUUUUCAGGAGUUCUGCGCUUUGGCCCAGUCCUUAAAGCUGACGUUGACCCUAGAGGAACUGAAGAAGGUUUUUGCAGAGGCCACUGCCCGCAAUGGCCGCGACACGGUAUCCUUUGAGGAAGUCAGCACUUGGAUCGUGCAGAACGAUGAGGCACUGCUGGUGUUGGACCUGUUGAGCCGGCAGCAAGAUGUCGCCGCCGUGUCGGCGGGAGUGGCUCGGGCGCUGGUUGCCAUCCUGCGGCCCUUAGGCGGCAUCGCCUUGAUACCGAUGUUGGUGGCGGUGAAAGUGAAGGCACUGGCAGUGGCCAAAUUCUGUCUCUUGGGCGCCAAGAAGGGCAUGUUUUUCGCAAAGGCCAAGGCUGCCCUGUCGUUGGAAGCCUACAUGAAGAACCCCUUUAAGCUCUUUCGGCGGCAGGUCAUCAGUCCUUUGGAUCCCUUUCGGCGGCAAAAAGAAAUGUCCACGGUGGAAGCUAUGCGCAAAGAAGUGCGCGAAAGUGGGCUGAAAGGUCUUUCCACGAAAAGCAUCUUGCCCUACGCGGCCAACGCCGGGAUUGCCAUGGUCAUGUUCCACACCUACACCACCACCCGGCUGAUGCUGCACAGCUGGGCUGACAGCUAUCCAUCCCUGGCACCCUUGGCAGAGAUGCCGCUCUGUUGCGAGGCCUUGGCCGGUGCCAGCGCGGGGCUGAUGCAAGCGACGUUGCACAGUCCUUUAUACAACGUGCGGCUCUGUCGCGAUGAUGAGAUCGCAGCGAAUCGCGAUCAGAAAGCCCUGGGCCAGAGAUUGGUGGAACUUCAUGCCAGAGCGGGCAUCAGAGGAUGCUUUCAGAACUAUUCCUUCAUCAUGGCCCAAGAAGUCUUGGCGUUGAUGAGUUUCUUUACCAGCUACGAGUGGCUCAAAUUGAAAACCACCAGUUGGCUGCGGCACCAGUUGGAUGACUCUGGAGAGAAGGACGUUUGGGGUUGGACCAUCGCCGCCUGCGGCUCCGGCGUGGUCCUGAGCGCCGUCGGCACGCCCUUUGAGAAUCUGCUGGCGUGGCAUGUGGCGGAGCGCAGCAAAGCGCAGCCCACGGGUGUAUGGAAGCAUUUCCUGAAAGAGCCCUCACGUUCGCGUCGCAGCAUCCUCUUUGGUGGCAUGAGGAGCAAACUGCUGAUCGCACCUCUGGCUGGGCUUCCUUUGUUGGCUUAUGAAAUCAUGGUACAUCAAGGCAUGGCUCCGCGAUUUCAUCCUUGACGUCGCCGACGUGACAUCGUGACGUCGCCAACUUGGUGGAUGGCCUGGGGUGUGUCGCGCGGCACAGCAUGGUGAUGUCGAAGGACCAUCAGGAAGCGGUGGGAACUGAAGCAGCGACUGGAGCAGCUGGAGCAGUGUCCAAAGUGGACGUGCUGAAGAUGUUGGGUGCGACAGUGCCAAAGGAUGGAAAAGGGAAUGAA